AUGCCCACCGCCGCCACCAUGGCCACCACCUCGACGCCGCAACAACGCUCCAUCGAACUCGUCGUCGACAAAGGCCCGACCGCCGUCCCUGCACCGCCGUCCUCGCAAUCCCAAGAUGCCCUCGCAAAAGCCCAUGCAGCACCGACCGAGUCCCAGGCCGAAUCACAGACCAGCCAGCCCUCCCGCUCCCGCCGAGGACGCAAGUGGUCCCCGCCCUCGUCGUUGCAGGAUCACUUCCGCCGCAAAGGCUACCUCUCGGUCACCGAGCUCACCUCGCCCUCGUGGUGCGAGUACAACUACCAAUACUCGGUCAUCGGCGCCCUCUCCACCCUCCCCGCAUCCCAGCGACCCGCCGCCAUCACCACGCCCGAUGGCGCCACCUUGCAGCCCUCGCUCGCCGUCCUCGAGGAAAAGGAGCGCGUCCUCGACAAGGGCAAGGCCGUACACGCCCAGCUCGAGUGGGAGGCACAGCCCGGCGAGGCCGUCCAGCUCGACACGUCCACAAAGGAAGACUCGUGGGCCGCCAGGCUGCUCGACACCUGGUGCAAGCUGCAGUGGCUCAAUCGCGGUGGCGCCGCUCGCGAGCUCGAACUUUGCGGCUGGAUCCAGGGCGAGCUUGUCCGCGGCGUCGUCGACGAGGUCGUCCGCAGGCCCCUUGACCAGGGCGCACCAGGCGGUGUUGCCGACACGGUCGACGGCGAGGCAGCCGAGGCCAAGCAAAAGGUGUGGGCCAGCCAGGAGGAGUGGAAGCGCGAACAGCGGCGCAAACCCAAGAAGGCCAAGGCGGCCGAGGACCAGGCCGAUGCCAAGUUCAAGACGACCAAACUCGAGGGCUUCGGCUUCACCCCGCCGGGAAAAAAGACCGAUGCCAAGGGGACAGCGGACCCCGCCGUCAGCUCGUCGCAGCUGGCCGGUGCCAAAGGUAUCGCGGACACCGCCGGCAGCUCGUCUCAGUCAACGUCCGCCGACGCUUCUCCGGGCCCCGCGUCCCAACUGGCACCUGCCGGAGAGUCGGCCCUUGCCUCCGCGGCGCCGAUGCAGAUGGCAUCUGCUGAGCCAUCGCAGGACGCCGAGAUGCUCGUCACGAACGACGGCAAAGGCUGGGGCUACUUCCUCUCCGACACCAAGACGCGGGUGUCGCCCUUUCUGCCCGCCGAGCAGGACCAGGCGCAGGCUCGGCGGCAGUGCAUGAUCUACAAGCGCUUGUUCGACGGCAUGUGCCUAGGUGCGCUCGCCUCGCAACGCGGGCAGGCCCCCUCGCAGUCCGAGAUGAGCUUCGAUCCUCACGCCACGCCCAUCGACUGGAUUGCGACGCUCGAGUCGCUCUCCCUGUCGCCCCACGAGACGCUCUCGUCCGGAUUCCUCGCCUCCGCCCUCCCUUUGGCCGAGAGCUGGGGCUGCGACCUCUUUGCCCUCCCUGCCCUCCGUUCCGGCGGCGACGGCGCGGCCGCCUCGGAGGGAUGCACGCUCUCGGACAUUGUCGCGCUUCUCGAGCGGGGACUGUGCGACCUGGUCGACGACGCCCGGCGGGGCAGCUCACUCUCGACUGCGAAUGCGACGGCCACUGAGGAACCGCGUGGGCCGCCUGCCGACGACGCGACGAGCGCGGCGCCCCCUACUCCAGCCACUCCCGCCACGCCGGGGCCGCCGCCGCACGAGGUGAUGCAAAGCACGCUGACGCUGAGCUACAUCCACCAGCCCAGCACGCUCAACCGCCAGGGCAAGCGGCAUCCGAGCCGUGGCGGCAGCAAGCAGAAGCCCAAGCAGCCGAGGCGCUACCUCGGCCACGUGUCGUUUGCGCACGACGCAGACGGGCUGCAGGCGUUUUUGGUCGACGCGCUCGAGCUGUGGCGCGGCUCGAGGGCGCUUCGCGGCGUCACGCCGGCCGAAACUAGGCGGUGCUGGCACUGCGUGUGGCAGGAAGGCUGCGAGUGGCGCCAGAAGAUGGCCGACGAGGUCGACGAGCGCAUCCGGACGAGGAAGGGCCGAGUGGAGGCGCAGGGCGGUGCUGCUCCUGCUGUCGCUGCUGCUGCUGUUCCUGCUGCUGCGGCGGCGACGGCGACGGCAGAGGUGCAAGUCGAGCUCGAGAUGCAGGUCGACGUCGACGUCCGGGACGACACAGCGAGGGUCGAAGGCGACGACGACGAGCUGUGGUCGCAGUUUUCCGACAUAUCGGCUUCGGAGCUCGCCGAUCUCUAG